UGCGGAUAAAGAAAAAUUAGCCCAACAUCCUACUUAUUGUUCGGAUUGUGUCAAGCCUAGUUUAUUGGUUCCGAUUGCUAAGGGUUCUAAGCCGAGAAAAAAGGCCAAAGUUAAAAAAAAUACGGUCGCUUACUACCAAUGUCUAUCGGCUUGCUGCCAGCAAGGAAUUAGUCCCAAAAAGAUUACGCAGGUAGCUCAUGAAUGUAAGCAAAAUAGUGCCGGUAUCUUAGCCCAAAGAACUCAGGAGAUUAGGAAACUAAAUGAGGCUUAUCAGCAAAUUGGGAUUAGUUUAACCGCUUUAUUGCAACCGAUUAAGGAAGAAUAA